AUGAGUAAUAUUUCAUCAUUAUUUCAUACAAUUCGAGGUUAUUUAGAUCAAAUCGAAGAAAUUAGUAAAAACAUACAAGAUCAGAAUCUCACCAUCGAAAUAAAUGACGCAAAGUCCUUUUUAAAUGAACAAAUCACAUCCCCAGGUUUGGAAGCAAUAGCAAUGCCAUUUUUUACUGCAUUCGCUCGAGAUCCCAACAAUAGUGCUAGCACCACAAUAGACUUUAUUUCCUCCAUUUUCCACUUUGCAGAACCACAAUUACAUCCAACAGAGAAGUUAUUAAGAUCUUCUCUUGAUGUUAUUACUGAGAUAGCUAAAGUGAACUCAGAAGACACAAAACUAAAAGCCUGCAAGUCAUUAACAGCUAUAAUUCAGUCGCUAUCUGGCUCUUUGUUUUUACACGGUGAUAAUUUAUAUAACUAUUACAAUGCGAUAUUAACAUUGUUCGAUUCUGUCGAACGAAAUUCCAGAUCUAGUGAAGUUAUCGAGAUGACUCUUCAUGAAACAAUGAGAAUUGUAAUUGGAUGUUACGAUACAAUAGCAUUCAGACCUCAUUUCAUUACAGUGGAAGAAUUGAGUCAAUUUUCAAUUAAUCAAAUUUCAUUAUAUUCUCUUUUCAGUUUAUCAAUUAUUCCGCAUUCUCAACAUCUUGCCACAAUACAUGAUGUUGACAUGACAGUUGCAAUUAAAUAUUUAUCAAUUUUGGAAAAUAAAUUUUCGAAAAAUACAAAAAUUUUGAUCUUAAAGACAUUAUACGGAAUAUUACGAAGCAGAUCACCGUUCUUUACAAAACCAUUCUUCCCUGAUGUCUUGAAACUGUAUGUUUUACCGAUUAUUUUGCAUUUUGUCAAAGAAUAUGAAUUUGAUGAUAUUGAUGUUGUUUCUGAUCUUAUUCUCACAACAUGGAGCAUCUACACACCAAUAUUUGAAGAGAGUUUGUUCAAAAUUUUCAAUGAUGGGAUCAUUCCCAUGCUUAAAUCAAAGAACAAUGAGGAGAUAUCGCAUGCCUGUGCAAUUGUACAACACAUUGCAACAAAUUCAUGUGCGGUUUUCGUUGAUCUUUUCUCUAGAUUUGAUUUAAACUCGAAAUAUUCCAAUGUAUUUGGAAAAACUCUGAGUACGUUGAUAUCUAUAAUAGAUAGCGAAUCAUCCACAUACGGAAUUUCAGCUUUAGCUGCUGUAGUUGAAGGACUAUUUAAUUUUUACAUUGGGCCAAGGUUCCACUCGCAGAAUGAUAUCAAGGAAAAUGAAGAAGAAGGACUAAGCAUAUUCAAAAACAAUCCACAACAAGGAUUGGAGUACUAUAUUCAGAAUAAGUUUGUCAAAGAUGAUAAAAAGGAAAUUGGAAACUUCAUAUUCAAUAGGAACGAUUUAGACAAGCAGAGUGUGACAACAAUAUUGGAGAGUGAUGCUUAUUCAGAGUGCUUAGAUGAAUUUUUAGAAAAUAAUUUCAAAUUAGAAAAAUUUUCUGAUAUAUUGCUGAACAUCCUGAAAAGAUUAAUCAUUCCUGACGAUUUAACGCACAUUGAUAACAUUCUGACACAUUUCACUCAAAAAUUUUAUCGUUCACACCCAUCAGUUUACGAAACCGCCGAAGAUGUUUACAAUAUGAUUUUUGCAUCGAUUAUAUGCUAUGCAAACACUCAUUAUUCAGAUCAUACUGAUUUUAGCUUUGAAGAAUUUUUGAGGAUUUGUGGGAAAAAUACUCAAAAUUUGGGUGAAAUUUUUGAGACGAUCAAAAAUACAAAUAUUGAGUUAACAUUUUCACAUCAGGAGAAGUACUUCACUAGGGAUCAGACACAAUAUUUAUUCCAGCAGAAUGCAAAAAGCUCUUCCACUUGCCAAGACAAAGAAACUGUUGACAAAAUGCUUAAAGAUUCAGAUUUAUUAGACAUUUAUUCAACAGCCGCAAAUAUUUUCCAGAAAGAGAAUGACUACCAGAAGUACAUCAAUAGUCUUAGAUGUUUGGCCGCCGCUUUCAAGCUCUCAGCACAAUUAUACCGAAAUGAAGUUUGCGAAAUCAUCUUUGAAGCAAUGGCUAAGUUCAGCAAUCAGCUAAAGUCCACAGAGAAAGGUCGCGACUGCUCAUCCUUCUUUACCAAGAUGAUUUCGGAAAUUCCUCUUUCGUUGCAGUUCCUUUGGCCAAAAGUCAUACGACAGAUCGCCGAUGAAUUUAUUUUCAACGGCGCUGAAGAUGUCUACGCCUCCACACAGUUUAUCGACAACGACUCUCUGAUAGAUUUUGUCAAAUCUCAGUCCACUCUUGCCUGCGAGCAACUGAAAGAGGAGAAAGCCUCUGUUACACGCAUGGUCAGACGCAUGGCCGAUGUUUUGUGCUACAACGUCAAUAGACCACGAUACAUUUGGACAAAAGUCUGGAAUGAAGUCUCUUCAUUCUACAUCUCCAGCCAGUGCUGCGACAUCUGCUACCUCGUGUCCAGCAUCAUCCAGCAGAUUUUCCUCACAUACAUCAAAGGCCACAGGAUAGAACAAGCUGAUUUCAACGACCAGGAGAAAAUUCUGAAUCAACUUCUUUCCCUCUUCAGACUUAACAGAGAAGACAGCAAAUUCAGUAGAAGAGUCGUCGAAGACAUAGGCUUUGUCAUCAAGGAAAGCAAAGGAAAGAUGAGAAGUGGUUGGUCACCAAUUUUCUCACUCCUCCUUGAGAGCUGCAAUGAAUUCAAGAAAGAAGUUGUAGUUGUUUUGGAAGAUUUGGUUUCGGAAUUCGACAGAAAUAGUAACAAAUACUGCGUUCAAUACGCGGGUUGCCUGUCAAGUGUCUGCUUGGUGGCUGAACUCCAGGACGUGCUACACUUAGUGCCUUUCUUCUCGGUUGUAAUAUCUCUUUGCCCAGAGGAGAAUCCCAUAGCGUGGAAGUCAAUAUUUAACUUGUUACUCGCUCUAUGCAAGAGAUCUGAUGACGUAUGUGAAAUUGCAGCAGAAUUGGCAAUUGAAAACGCUCUAAAGUACUCAUUAGCACACUCUAACAAGAAUGAUGAAGUUUGGAGGUAUUUACUAGAGGUGGGAUUCUCAACAGCAGUGAAUUCGGCUAAAAAGAAGGAAUUGAAAAGAAAAUUGGCCGGUGAAGUUGUUUCACUUUUGUUUGGCGAAAAAGGUGACAUCAGUCAGGAAGAAAUUUCUCUAUUUUUAGAGUCGAUUUACGGAGAAAUAACAAUUGCUGAGUGCAUUGAAGAGGCAAAGAAAAGAGGAGCUAAGGAAGAGAUAAUAGAGAUAUUAAAUAAGGUUAGGAACUGUAAAUAA